AUGGCCCUCACAGGCCGUGGAAGGCCACCUCGACCACCUAGAGCAGAUUAUUUGGCAGCCUGCUUUGAUGCAUUCAAACAGGCUAUGGAGAGCAAGCUUCACCCCAUUCAUGCUAUCAGACUUGACCAGGGCCACCCACAUCCUGCAUCCUCACUGGCCAAAAUCCGACUCUCUAUUAGUGUGCCUGGAGGCACACUUCUUCCUAUUCCCUCUCAUCUUGAGAGGUCAGAGAUGGUUCAUACAACCAUCUCCCAACCGUGUUUACACCAGAUCGAUGGUACUUCAGCCUUUCCUGAGUGUCAGCUCACCAAAGCGCAUCAUGCUUCAACAAAUGCUAAUAAACUGCCCAUACCCCUUCCACCUCCCACUCACACUGAUAUUGCGUGUGCAGAGACAGUCUAUAUGACUGUCUCCUUGCUGGUUUUGCGUCAGAUCAAGGGUUUUUCGAGUGCCAGCUCACUGAAGUGCAUGAUGCUCCAAUGA